GUUACGCAACACAGCCGGCAAGUCAAGGAGCGUGUGAAACGGACGUCUGACCCAGUCAGUUGAAAUAAAUAUCGGCAUCUCAAAAUAUUAAAACAUAAACCACCAAAGUUGUUUGGUCGGGUAUUGGUCUUCCAUUAGAAAAUUGGAUGGAUAGAAAAGCAUGUGUGUGUGUGUGUGUGUGUGUGUGUUUGCGUGUGCAUGUUAGGUAUGGGAAUCACAACCUACACAGCGGCUCGUAUACUCAAGGGACAACUGCAGAACCACACUGGAGAGGAGACAGUGAUGACCAUGGACACCUUCCCUCAUGUGGGCUUGGCCAAGACUUACAGUGUGGACUUCCAGAUUGCAGAUAGCGCCGCCACAGCCACUGCUUAUCUGUGUGGAGUCAAAACCAACCUGAACACCCUUGGUGUCAAUGCAGCAGCUCGAAAUGGUGUCUGCAGGAGCCAGAAGGGAAAUGAAGUCACAUCCAUCCUGAAGUGGGCCAAGGAUGCCGGCAAGUCUGUUGGCAUCGUGACAACCACGCGGGUGCAACAUGCCACCCCAGCCGCCAGCUUCGCCCACAGUGCCAGCAGGAAGUGGUACAGUGACGCCGACAUGCCUGCUGCCGCCAAGAGGGGCGGCUGCACAGACAUCGCCUCUCAGCUGCUCAACAACACAGAUAUCGAUGUGAUUAUCGGGGGCGGGAGAAAGUACAUGACCCCCAGGGGCACCAAGGACCCGGAAUACCCGGGAGACUACUCAUCCAGGGGUAAAAGACAAGACAAGCGUAACCUCAUCAAUGAAUGGCAAAGCAUGAAACUUGGCAAGGUAGCUCAUUAUGUAUGGAAUAAAACUGAUUUUGACGCUGUGGACCCUGACACAACAGAUUACCUCAUGGCUCUGUUUGAACCCGGUGAUCUGCGAUAUGAGGCGGAGAGGGACCCCAACAUGGACCCUUCCAUUGUGGAGACCACGGAGAAAGCCAUUCGCAUCCUUCGGAAAAACCCAAAAGGCUUCUUCCUUCUGGUGGAGGGGGGUCGUAUCGACCAGGCUCACCACGACGGCCGAGCCUACAUGGCGCUCCACGAGACGGUGGCUUUCGACAACGCCAUUGCCAAGGGCCUUGAGCUCACCAGCGAGUGGGAGACGCUCACCGUAGUGAUGGCCGACCAUUCCCACCCGUUUACCUUCAAUGGGUACCCUUUCCGAGGGCAAAGCAUCCUGGCUAAAUCUCCAUUGUGGGCCAAAGACAUGUUGCCUUAUACCACACUCAUGUACGGCAAUGGACCUGGACACAAAAUCACCAACGGCACACGUCCUGACAUCCGCAAUGUUGACACUAAAGCUAAAGCUUAUGUCCAACUGUCAGCCGUGCCCACUGACUCAGCCACCCACAGUGGCGAGGAUGUGGCCGUGCUCGCCCGUGGACCCAUGGCACACCUCUUCCACGGCGUCCAGGAGCAGAACUACAUCGCCCACGCCAUGGCCUACGCUGCGUGCGUGGGCGCAGACAUGGGACACUGUCGAGGACUAACCACUCCGUCUUUGGCUCACACCACCUUAGACAGCAGCAACACACCUUUGGGAGCCCACGGGCCAACAGUAUUGAUCUGUGGACUCCUCAGCACAUUCUUGGCCCGUAAAGUGCUGAUUUAAUGUCCCUUUACUUGAAGUCAAGUGCUACCGUUUGGGGGGAAA